AUUAGACCUCGAAAAGCUUUAUCUGGGGUGAAAAUGUGAAGCACAGCAAGCACACCUUUUGAUGACGUCACGAGGAGAGCACAUGUCAGACGACAGAACCCAGAAUGGAGGUUGUGGUGGGGUGCUACGAGCAGAUGUUGCUGGGGUUCCGACUGGUGGAGGGGGGAGAGGAAUGUAAGCUGGAGCCAACGUUCACAGAUAACUCCCACACCGGCUGUGUGAAGGCGGUUGCCUCAGGUGGACAUGUUCUGGCUUCAGGCAGCACGGAUGAAACCAUCCACCUCUACAAUAUGGAGACUAGAACAGAGCUGGGAACCCUGCUGCAACAUGAUGGCUCGAUCACCUGUCUGCAGUUCUAUGACUCGUCUCACAUGCUGAGUGGUGCAGAGGACGGGACCAUGUGUGUGUGGCAGACUGGGACAUGGGAGUGUCUCAAGUCCAUGAGAGGACACAAAGGUGGGAUAAAUAGCUUAUCUGUACAUCCAUCAGGCAAGCUGGCACUUUCUGUGGGCAAGGACAAAACCAUCAGAACAUGGAAUUUAGUGACUGGUCGGCCUGCAUACACAACCAACAUAAAGCAGGUUGCAGACCUGAUCCACUGGUCACCUAAGGGAGACAUGUAUGCUGUUGUUACUGGCAACAAGAUCAAUGUGUACAGACUUGAGACUGCUGGACUCAAAUGUAGUUUGGAUGCUGGAAGAAGAGUGCUGACAAUGGCGUACAUUACAAACUCAGCUCUGGCAGUGGCUGGAGAAGACAGAAAUAUUCAGAUCCUGAAUGUUGAGACUGGAACAUGCACAUUUGACUUCUCAGCUCAUGAGAACAGAAUCAAGAGUCUGGUAUGUGUUAGAGACCACAGAAGUGAUGCAGGAGAAACAGAUCUCCUGAUGGUCAGCAUAUCCAGUGAUGGCUACAUUAAAGUCUGGGCACUCAAAACAGAUCAGCUGGAGAAAACACCCACCCUUGUUGCACAGCACAAUACCACAGCACGGCUGACAGCCCUGGCUAUUGUAACUACUCAGUCUGCAGAACCAAAACUUUCCACAACAAAAACAGCACAGGAGAAAAGAAAACUUCCAGAAGAAAAAGAAGCAGAGCAGAAGACAGAGAAGAGAAAAAAUGUGAAGGAGAAGAAAGGAGGAAAGAAGAAACUUAAGAUAAAGAACUAGAAAACAAAUUUCAUUUUGAUAUGUUUAGGAUCUGUUUUUAUUUAGUUUUACGAAAAAAACUGUCAUAGUCGAUACAGGAUCAUUUGGCCCUUUACCAACUCGACCCAGUGAUCUUGGCGAAACACAGCAUCAACUCAACUAUGAUUAUUGAUACAGGGUUAGGGCAUUGUCUAGAUGAAAAAAAAUGUACAAAUUGAAUUCAAUUUAAUGACCAACUUUAUUAAUUCUCCAAGUAUAU